AAUGCCGCGCAACCCAUAAAAAACGACUCGAUGCUAAGAGAGCCAAUCAUCAAUCCUGGGGAGUUGACGAUCGCCAACCCGAGAGGUCUCUUGCUAACCGGAACACAUUCGAUAACAUCUCAACAGACCAGCUGAGAAGCCUGGAUCAGCCGCAAGACGGCUCGUCGAGGGUGUCGUAUCCUACAUAUUGUUCUCUUUUAAUACUCUCUGGUUCCGCAUCCCCGUUUCGGGAAUAUUUCACUUUAGCCCACCCUGACUACGUGUGAAGACUAAAACAUUAAGGUAAAUAAUUCAUAAUAAUGCCCGAGGCGGGGUAGUUUUGACACCGACACACGGAAGACGGAGAACAGAGAGAGGACAGAAUAAGAAUGCAGCAUUGACAUACUAUUCUGUCACAAAUGACGAUGAUACCACCUCUUCGGAGCAUGCAGGAAGCAUCGUCAUCUGACGGGAAGAAAAGGAAGACCAAAUAAAGAAAAAAAAAAAAAAAGGAAAAAUAAUAAUAAUGGCAACAAUAAUAACAAUUGAUGAAAACAAGCCGGGACUCGCUACACCCUGCAUGCAAGCUGCGAUGAAUUCAUCUUGCUCACCUUUCGAUGCGGCAAGAUAACAUGCUAACCCUGCUUCCUAUGCUUUAUCUGAUGUUCUCGGCCGCGCCACAUCAUAGAUACGUCGGCAAUCCAUGUCCCAGAGCGCAAUUUAUAGAUGGCCCGCUACCGAGAGGAAAAGCCCUCGGGGGUGUGGUGAGCUGCUGGCUAACAGAACAUGCAGGCUGCACUGCUUCCUGUCAUGGGACCCGGCUCCAGGUUUUACGAGCUUCGAUUCUUAGACAAGAUCUGUCGUCACCCUAGCACGACGGGAGCGCCGAUCUUAAAUUACGUAGAGAGCUUGUAUAGUAUAGAAGUCAAUGGACAAUUCAUCUGGUCGUGUUGUGCGAAGGGGAAGAAGCCGUAGACAAGUAGAGAGGGCGAAAGAGCCAGGGCCUUACUUCCGGAUCGAGCGACAUGCAUCCUCCAACACAGUCUUAUGGCUGCAAGCAGGUGGGCGAACCCGACAAGCCGAC